AUGCCUGUGCGCGGGCUAGGAUGGCAUUGACAUCCUAGCCCGCGCACAGGCAUUGUUCUGGGUACGAGAUUGAGGAAAACCGGAAAUUUUCCGUUCCAAAUUUUCGCGUGGGAGCUGCGAGCAGACUAGGGGUUCGCUCGAAACGUUAAAUAAUAUCAAACUUUGAAUGUUUAAAAAAUGUAUGAGCUAUUUUUAAUAUGUUGUUGACUUUCGCAGACAUUUCAGUCGCAGCAACGCGAAAAUCUGGAGUUUUUGGAGCAAGAGAGAAAGGGACUGGAGGAGACUACACUUGAGUUGGAACAACUGGUAAGCAUACAAUCUCGUUCUCCGGGCAUGCCCGUUCGCAGGUUAAUCCCACCCUUAACCUGCGAACGGGCAUGCUUGGGGAACGAGAUUGGUAAGCAUGGCGUUUAUAUAAGAUCCUGUUCAAUCCAGCUCAACCUGUUGCUCCAACUUCAUCCAGCAUUGUGGGAUGCAAUAUUGUUGGGUCUGUUUUGAACAUUAUGUUUGGGGCUUCCUUCUAUUUAUAUUCAGCGCUUUUUCAAGUGAGAAGACUGGGACCUACGCAAUUUGGGGGCGGGGCGAAGGGAGAAAUAGAAUCCCGCCUCGGUGACGUCAUUGAAGUCGAAUAACCCGCUGAUGUUUGGUAUACUGUUGGCGAACUGUUUAGUGAAAAUUUACAACAUGACAACUUACACUCCUGACGUCACUAUACCAACUGCAUGAGCUGUCACUAAACGUAUAUACGUUGGCUCGUAAAGAUUUUAGCAUAACCUGCUCUAACUCCGCCUGUAUUCUGCGAUAUCUCACAGAAAUGAAACGCAGAAUUGAAAUCUUCAUGUGCAAAUUAGUUUAUUCCGAAAAUUUCACGUUGUUUGGACAUUCGGGGAGCCAUUUACGGCAUUUUUACUGCAGCCGUAAAUUCCAGUCGACUGUACUAAGAAAAAAAUUCAAAACGCCGUAACUUGCGCCCUGAAUGUCCCAGCGAACAUCGUGAAUGUUCCGUAUUGACUAAUUUGCGCAUGAAGAUGUUCUGAGGUCCAUUUUUGGCAAAGAUUUGUAGAUACUAGUAACUAAAUGGAAGGACUUUAUUACUCUUAUAUUUACUUAUGAUGCGAAAUGUUUUAGGUUGAAACACGCACGGAAGAACUGGAAGUUACACGACAAGCUUUGGAAGAGAAAACCCAUCAUUACGAAGAAAUGAGAGAAACUGUGCAUAAAUUACGGUAUUUACUUGGAAUUAUUUCAACUUAUAUGAUUGUAAAAUCACAAAAACACAGAAUGCUACCUGCACUUUUUCAGGUAGUUCAGACGCAAACCACGACAGCUUACUGUAGAAUACUACCUGCACUGGACCACGCGUUGAGAUAUCUUUUUCAGGUAGUUCAGACGCAAACCACGACAGCUUACUGUAGAAUACUACCUGCACUGGACCACGCGUUGAGAUAUCUUUUUCAGGUAGUUCAGACACAAACCACGACAGCUUAUUGUAGAGUACCUUCUGCGCACUGCAUGUCGUGUUUUAUAUUAACAAUGUGUUUUUCUGAUCCAGGAAUCAACUAUCAGACGUCCAAGAUGAACUUGAUGCCGUGCAGUCCCAGGCUUAUCUUGUCAUGUUGGAACAAGAGAAAGAGUUGACCGCUGUAUCCAGAGUUCUGGAAAAGACUUGGGAACGACUGGUCACUGUUGUAGAGAUAUACAAAGAACAAUUUAAAGUGCAAGAACAGGUUGGUGUAGGACCAUUGAACUAUAAAUAAACUUGGAAGGCUAACUGCUCAUAGACGGAUUUUCAUAUUUUUUACUGGGGUGGUGCCAGAAAUUUUAGGGGGGUGAGCCGUGAGCAGGUGACUGAAGCAACACAAAGUGUCACCAAACCCCAGUAAGGUCUAUAUUCUAGGGGUGGAGCACUAGAGCCGCGAGGGGGAGUCUAGAGAGCAGAAAACAAAGUAUCCCUGGAAAAAUUUCAGUGAAAAAAGUCAUGAUUUCUAGCUUCGAAAAAACGUUUUUUGAAGUUGUCAUAUCAAUGGAUUUGGCAUGUGUCCGAUUGUCUGUUGAGACUUGAGAGAGUUAAAGUUAAAUGAACCUGUAAAAGUGUAAACCCAAUAGGCCAAUACACAAUAUGCUUUUACUUUUAUAAAGUCAUUGACAUUGUGUCGUUUGAAUCCGAGUACAAUUUAUGAUUUCUAUUUGAGUGUACUCCUACGUUUAUUUUGCAUCAUCAACACUCUGCACGUUGGAGUGGACUAUUUAAUUAUUUUUGUUAUGCCGAAUAUUGGGGUGGUUGAAAAUGUUUUUGGAGGGGUGGACAUUUUGUUUGGGGGGGUUAUAGCUAAUAUUGGGGGGUAGACCCCUCAAAUCUCCCCCACACACACACACACAAAAUCCGUCUAUGUAACUGCUAUGAUGAAGGCCUAUGAUUUGAUGAAGCCAAAAUAGUUUUUCUGAGUUAUGAGCAGAAAUACUCAACACUGAACGUUGGGCUAUAUAUCAAAUUGAAGCUAUUGAAAAUUGCUAUUUGGUGUGGAAAUUUCAAGACUUCAGCGAAAAGAAAAAUAUUUAAAAAAUACAAAAACAACUGCAAAAUGGCAAAUUAUCGGUAAUUAUGUUUGUAGUUUUUCAAUAUUUCCCUUUUAGCUAAAGUCUUGAAAUUUCUACACCAAGUAGCAUUUUUCAAUAGCUUCAAUUUGAUAUAUAGGCCAACGUUCAGUAGUAUUUCUGCUCAUAACUCAGAAAAACUAAAAUGCACUGGCUUCAAUCCCCCCCCUUGAGUUAGCCUUCCAGUUUAUUUAUAGUUCAAUGUGUAGGAUCCGUUUCCAAAGGAACUAGCGUCGGUUGGUCGGUCAGCUAGUCAGGCGAUGGGUGGGUGAGGUGGUAGUUGAUCAGACGAUCAAUCAGUAAUAUUGUUUUCUCUAUUUUUCUAGCCCGACGUGGAGCGAGAUAGCGAAGAAAUAUCGACGGAUCCAUACAAGCCUUCAUUUGUGUACUCAGUCUUAGCUGCUGUCUCGGGAACUGUGCCACAAGUAAGGGUGGUUAAGUUUGAUUAACUAGCUGUCAGUCACACGAGCAACAAAAUUGCUGCAACUUGUAACAAAAUCUGAUUUCAACGCAUGUUAAGUAGAAAUGUCGACACAUGUUGCCUUGUGAUUUGUAAUUUAUGUGUAAACAUUUUCAAUUAACAUGCGUUGAAAUCAGAUUUUGUUGCAAGUUGCAGCAAUUUUGUUCAGUGGCGUAACGUUAUAUCAGGGGGCCCCCGGUUCAAAAUUUUCGAAGGCCCCCCUAGUAGAAGUGCCAAAGGCACGAGUCGAGCGCCGUAUAUGCACGAAAUUUCUAGGGGGUCCAGGGCAUGCUUAUCCGGAAAAUUUUUGAAUUUAGACUCUCUGAAAUGCCAUUUCCUGGACUUUGGGGAGAGAUUUUACAGAAUUCUGAUGGUCAUAAAACUACAUUGUAACAUAUCAGAGGCCCUGACCAAUGUUUUUGCUCUAUUGCCUAAGCCUGGGGGGCCCCAUUUAGGUUGGGGCCCCCGGGUUCUCACGGUCUGAGCCCAUAGUAGUUACGCCACUGAUUUUGUUGCUCGUGUAACUCCACCUUAAAAAGGUUUAAAGGUUAUAAUUUAUUCGAGCGUUAUACUGAUGUCGCUAGUACAAUUUUCUUUCACACCUCUGGGACGAGGAUUAUAGAUUCCUGCAAUAGGUGGUUUAUAAUUUCACUCGAGUCAUAUUUAAUCUAUCAGUAAAAGCGACAACUCUUAAAUUAAGCCCAUUUUUCACUGGGCGAAUUUGUUCGCGCGAACAGCAAAAAAGUAGGAACUAAUCCAACUUUUUCGCGGCAAAUUUUUUCGCUGACCAAUCACAUUGCCAAAAUUUGUUUUGCCGAAUUUUCGCUUCGCGCGAACAAAUUCCCCUGGUGGAAAAUGGGCUUCACUGAACCUCUACGGGAGGACAGAAAUUUAGUUUAGUGUAGGGUUUUUCCUCUAGUAAGUGGUAACAGUUGAGAACACUGGUUGCGAAUUGUACAAUUGAAUAAUUGAUAUGAUAUCAAUAAAUUUUCUACAGGCUGACGAUGUCAAGGAAUCCCCAAGCCAAGAAGAAGCGACAGAGACACCAGACAAUGAUGAAGUGGCGCCCAGUGAAAAGCAAGCAAGUGGCGAAAAGAGCCGCGAUUUAUCGGAUGACUUCAUGCUAGUCAGCCGGGCCAAGGCUUUCCAGAAACUUCUUUCAGAACUGGAGAGCUAUAUCCAGGAUGGCAACGAACACACACAGAUGAUUAUACAACGUCAAGUUGAUGAGAUGUGAGUAUGGGUGAUGAUGGUGUCAUGGUGGUGAUAAUGAUCAUGGUAGUGGUGGCAAUGGUAAUGUUGAUGGUCGUGGCAAUGAUGGUGACAGUGAUGAUGGUGUCACGUGUGUUUAUAUAGUGAGGCGGAUAUGUGUAAAAUUAUUGAUCAGUUGUUCCCGUUGAGGUUAAAAGCAUCAAACUUUUACAAUUGAUGUAGUUUUACAGCAAUAACCAUUUGAAGAAUAAAAAAACUGUUUAAAAGUCUUUUAUGUAGUUUUUUUUACAAGCUUUCUGAUGAUGCAAGUUAUAUUUGUCGCGAUUGAAUUCAAAAUUUCACAUUUUUUGUUGUAGUAGAAUUUAAUAGCAAAUAAUGCUAAUAACAUCGUAACUCUCUAAGAAAAACAGUUUCACGAUGGCCCCACUUUUGCAUGUUGUUCUACUCAUAAAAAGAUGCUACUGUGCACAAUUUUGUGUUUUUAACCCUCUUCGGAAACAUCCAUGCACAUAUCCGCCACACUAAUAGUAGUCAUCAUAUAAGUCUUCAUAUUUUGUCCAUGGAUAGAAUAAUUUAUAACUUACCAUACAGUUAUUUUCUCUCAGAGUAAAUUUAGAAGAAUCUUUGCGUGAGGCCAAACAACACUAUGAAGAGCAGAUCACAAACUUGAAACAAGAGCUGGAAAAUGAAGGAUGCAAGAUGAAGAAAGUUCAAGGAGAGAACGAGAACAAAAAAUACGAGAUUGAAAGUCUCAAGUUGGAACUAAAAACUGUUGAACAAAAUUUGGAGGCGUCGCGUGAAAACAUGAAGGAGCUUGGAAACAGGUGUUGUGCAUUGAUUGAACAAGAAACGGAAAACCAGGUAUGUUAUGUGUUUAGCAUGAUUUUCUUACCAUUAUAAAAUAGACAUGCUUUAAUCUAUGCAAAGGAUGGUUCCUGUGAUCUACCAUAAUGACCAUCAUAUGUCAUAACCACCAACAUAAUCGCUACCAUUAUCAUCCACCACCAUCAUUAUCAACCGUCAUCAUCCACUAUCAACUGCCAUCAUGACCACAACCAUCGCCACUGGUCAUCACCAUCACUACCACAUUAACAUUACCACCACCAUGACACUCAUAAUUACCAUCAUGACCACAACCAUCGCCACUGGUCAUCACCAUCACUACCACAUUAACAUUACCACCACCAUGACAAUCAUCAUUACCAUCAACUGCCAUCAUCACCACAACCAUCGCCACUGGUCAUCACCACCACCAUGAUAAUCAUCAUUACCAUCAACUACCAUCGUCACCACAACCAUCGCCAUUGAUAAUCACUAUCACUACCACAUUAUCAUCACCACAUUAGCAUUACCACCACCAUGACAACCAUCAUUACCAUCAACUACCAUCAUUACCACAACUAUCACCAUUGGUUGUCACUAUCACUACCACAUUAUCAUCACCACAUUAGCAUUACCACCACCAUGACAACCAUCAUCACUACCAUUGUUGGUAACAUUUAUACCAUCAUGAACACACACUUCCAGAGAGUACGUCACCUUGGUUAUAGAGCCUUGUUUUCGUGAUUGAGACGUUAGGCCUUUAUUAAUAGAGACCUUACGAUUUAGAACGGCGACGGCAACGGCUACCAAUACAAUAGAUCAUUGAAAAGAAUUGAAAAUUUACAAUAUAUGAAUAAUUUAGAUAUUUCCCUCGCUCUGUUUACAACGCCAAAUCACAGAUUUUCAUGCCGCAACAAGUGCAACUUCAAAUUUGGUUCAGGAGAACUCUUCCCAACCAUAAAACCCAUGCCUUCAACUUCUAAGAGUGUAUUAAAUUCAUACGAUUGAUAAUGUACGACAAAUUAUCUUUACUACCAUUUAUUUGAAGGAGUUUGUUUUGGCUGUCGUCGUCGCGUUGCCGUCCUAAAAUCGUAAGGUCUCUAAUGCUACAUACACGAAACCGAGGCUCUAUGCUCUAUAUCCAAAGUGACGUACUUUCCUGGAGGGUGUAUUGUCUGAGAACAUAUGUCACAAACCAUAUUUUCUUUACAAGGUCCUAAAUGAGAAACUUCGCCUCAUCAACCACGAGCUUGAGAAAGUGAAACAGGACAAAGCAUGUUUGGAAAAAGAACUAAGAGAGACCGCGGAAAGACUGGAGAGAUUGGUGGAAGCCAGCGAAGGAAAUGAUAAAGAAAAACAAAAAACAGUUAUAGAAGAAACUUUUACUGAAAUACUCAACAAGAAGCUACAUUUGGAGAGAGAGGUUAGUGUAUAUAUAUUACAUGAAGUUGUGGAGCUCGACAACUGCACCACAGAAUAAGGUACACAGAAGGCCGACUUCUUUGUUUUUCCUAUGAUUUUCCUAUGAUUUUGACGUAACCCGUAAUUCGUCAUCAAAUGCUGACGCCAUGGUCCUAGCCAGUGCUCGUUUGAGAGCAUUCACCCCCCUGAUAAUAUUCAAAAUGGCGAAUGUCCAGGGGGGGAAUGCCUCUCAAACGCGCACUGGCUAGGACCAUGGCGUCAGCAUUUUGAUGAUGAAUCAUGGCGUGGCCGCGGUUACUCGAAUCGACCUUCUGUGUACCUUAUUCUGUGACUGCACUUUGUAGCUCAGUUCGUUCAUAGCCUAUCGAAGGGAAGAUGGCUGUGAAACUCAUUAGAAUAACAAUAUAACUCAUUAUGAUGUUAGUCAACGUUUAUUCAUAAAUCUGGUCGUUUCACCGUCACGUGUGUAUUGCAUUUUUACCAAAUCCACCAAUAGCAAUUUCCAGUUUCCCUAUUGUUCAAGUCAUGGAUAGGUGACUUUCCUAAAACAUUGCUAUUGGUUAGUUGGGCAAGAAUACAAUACACACGUGGCGGUGAAGAACCAGAUUUAUGAAUAAACGUUGGCCAACAUAGAUAAUGAGUUAUAUUGUUAUUCUAAUGAGUUUCACAGCCAUCUUCCCUUCGAUAGGCUAUGGUUGGUUAGAUCGUUCAAAAAAUCACUGACUGAUGACUAGAUUUGUUUUGGCAAAUGUUUUACUUGUUGCUGUGUGUUUAGAUUGAAAAAUUGCGAAGUUCUUUCGCAAAAGCAUUGAAAGAGAAUGAAACAUUCGCACAGUAUAACACAAGAUUGGAAAACAAGGUAAAGUUAUAUAAAGUGGGGUGACCCUGUUACAAUUUGGUAAGAGUUGUGUUUGUUAUUUACGAUCAAUAUUUUGUUUAUUUAGGCAAGCAUUCUAGGCAGUAAUCUCAUAAGAGCCGAGGACGAAAUAUAUCGACUUGAUGGCAUUGUUGACCGAUUCUGUAUGGUAAGUCUCAACGCAUCAGCUCUUACAUACUACUUAGAAGUGCGACAGGCUUGGUCAGAUAUCAUCACCAUGUCCAUACGGUUAAAACCUCUAGCAAUACUGUCAACUCUCAUGCAACUCUUGUUCUCGAGCUUGACCGGCGCAUGCGAGUUGAGAAAACUCUCAUGCAAACUCUCGCUUCUCAACUCUUGUUCUCGUUUGACCGGCGCAUGAGAGUUGAGAAGACUGCCAUGCAAACUCUCGCUUCUCAACUCUCGUUUGACCAGGGCUUAAAGAGAGGCUUGACUAAUUAUUUUGACGUAUUUUUCCAUGCAGGCAACCCAGAGUGGUUGGCAAACAAUGACGCCAUCCCAAGAUUUGCGUGAUUUGUUAAAGGAACUGAAUAUCGACGUCGAGUAAAAAUUAACAUAUCGAGCGAGAUUGAACCAUUAGUUGUUGGUGGUAUAUAAAGUAGAUUUUUAGCUAUGUAAAUAAUGUAAUAUAAGGUUUAAUGUUAUAUCACUAAAAAUUUGGGCAUUUAUUUCAGAACUAUCAUGAUCACUGGCGCUUUAUGUACUAUUUACAACAUGAGCGGCCGUGUUGUAUCGGAAUAAAAUCGGACGCGAAUGUUGUAAAUGGCUUAAAAAACGAC